CGGGCGGCCAGCGGCUCGCGCUGCCCAGACGGGCCCAGGCGGCAAGCGCGCCCCGGCCGCUGGGCGCCGCCCUCGGACGAGGCCGCGGAGACGAGGCCGACAGGGGCGGUCGGCUUCACAGAAGCGCGCGGCCGCGCCGCCUGGCCGCAGCUCCGCCCAGGGCCGCCCCCUGGCGAGGCGGCCGCAGGCGCCUGCGGCCCCGCUGCGCCAGCAGCGCCCGUGGGCGCCCCGCAGGAGCCCGUCCAGAAGCACCCGCUGGGGUCCGCCGAGAGCCUUGAGAUCGCCCCGUCGCGGCAGGAGUGCAGCACCCAGACGCCCACGGACGUCGACGCCGACAGCCGGUUCAGCUGGACCGCCAGCCACACGGACUGGGCGUCUCAGUACGGUGGGCCGCUCCGGAGCUGCCGAGGGCCGCGGGGCAGUCGCAGAGUUCCAUCAGCCGCCCGCAGCGGUUUACGGAUGACGGAAGUUGUGCCGCCCGCGCGGUGGAUUUUCCCUUGUGAGCGUGAGGCACACGUUCUCGUUUCGUGUUUUUGGAAUCGCUUCGCUCUCUCUGCCGGCCCAUACUGCCUCACCGGAUGUCACCUCGUGGGGCCCUCUUGGGCAAUCUCAGCUCCGUCUCGAACCUGUUGGCUCGGUUGGGGCCGUGGGUCGCGUCGGCCGCCUGUGCGGCCAUCUUGCCGCCAUCUCAUUUCCAAAUCGGUGCUUGCACCUACGGGUUCUGAUCUGUCUUCCUUGAGGUGCGCUGCGGCGGUAGCGCUGUGGUAUGCGAGUGGCAUAGGCUGCCAGGAGCCCUGCGCGGCUGCGCUGCGCUUUCGGGGUUCCUGCCUGCAUGAUUUUCUCUGUGAGUUUCUGUUCCUCCAUGGAUGCGUCGGC